AUGGCUCAUGCCGCUUCUCAGCGAAAUAUCGCCAAUCUGCUCAAACGCAGAAAUGCAACCACAAUCCCCAGGGACCAGCAAAAGCUCCUUGAUCAACCCGGCUCUUGGGCGGUGGAGCUCGACAAUGAUUCCCAACUCCGAGUCCCCAGGCACGUCUUGGAAACGGCAAAAGAGGUAGCUAGAGCCUCGCGGGAAAAGACCAGCACAAAGAAGAAAGAGCCGACAGUGCCUCAAAGUCGCCAACCCGAGAAGAUCCUGUCAGAUACCAAUGAUGUGGCAAAAAGCGUCCCAGAUUCUUCACUGGACUCGUCUAUUGGCAACGCUACGCAAGAGAGAUUCGUAUCCUGGUCUCCAUCCCCAGCACGAUCACUGGCAGGCGACCAACAUCAUGCGCCGUUGCCCUCUUCAAUCAAAGAUGGCGACUCUUGUCGCGAAAGAUCUCCUUCGAUUUCACGGAGGCGGGAGUCAAGUUUCUCUACUCCUCCCCCGCCCGCUUCACAAGUCGCAUUCUCUGAUGGGCAGUCGUCACCGCCACUGCCUGGGCAUGACAGGGCAAACUUUCUCAAGCUUCGUCUCACCGAGAUAUGGGGGGGCAAUGAUUGGCUCCCCCCUUCUCAUCGCGACCGGUCACGCCUCAGGUUGAGCGAGAGGGUAUUGGCGGCACUCUUUCGAGUCACCGAAAUCGCCCAACUGAAAGGCGUCCCGCUUCAGUCUCUCUGGCAAAAGGGAGGCCAUCUCCACCCGCUUUCUAAAAGCUGGCCCGAUGUUGAAGAACAAUGUCUCCAAAUCGUACGCAGGGUGGAGACGAAAUAUGCUCUCGCCGACAGAGGGACAGCUCAUGCCAAUUCUCAAGUCCUUGCCAAAAAGGACGACGGCGAAGAGACUGCAGCCCCCCAAACAACCAAACCGGCUAUUGUUUCACGAUAUCUCGCAGCGGACUUCAAUUUUCCGUCAAGCGGGCCAGAGGAUGCCCUUGAAACGCAACUACCAGAAGCCCAAAUAGCGUCACAAGCCCCCAUCAAUCGGGCCGCCACUACUCCCCAACUGUCGAACAAAUCCUCGUCGAGCGCCCAUAUUCCUGCUACUUUGAACACGCCGCCAUGCGCGCAGCCAAGCCAGCGCAUAAUACCAGCUACUUUUCGGAAACACCCAAGCCCGCCCCGAGAAGGCCUCGGCGAACCAGGAAAGAAGCGCCGGCGUAUGAAGCCAAUCCAAUUCAGUGAUCCUGAUGACCAAGAGGAGAAUCUUGCAGCGGUAGAAAGUAGCAGGAAUGCGACCACCUUCUCACGCAUGGCGCCUACCAAAAUCUAUACCCAGAUCUCGAGUUCUAAUUCGAUUUCCUCGAGCAUAGUUGUGCCAGCUACCAUCCCACAGUCUCCACCAACUCGGAAGAGUCCGCCCCAAGGACGUGCUCAGCGAGCAUCUGAACUCAGCGGAGCAAAGAACCAAACCAAAGGUCAGCUAAAUGACAAGAAUGAUGCGAUAGAGAUAAUAGUUCCCCCAACUAUCCCUGAGCUCAAACCUUUCGAGCUCUUCACACAGACAUACCCAGCUUACGAAAAGGAUUAUCGAGGUACCCUGUGGUCGUUUAUAAGAGCCUGCGUCUGUCUGGACUACUUGAUGAAAGCAAACUCAUUGCGAGAGUAUCUGUGGGAUGACUUUAUCAGAGCCUUCUCUGCAGAUUAUGUCGAAUAUGUUGAAAAUACCAACGAUCCCCUUCCAGCCCUGGAUUGGUUCAACACUCUUACUGGCGCACCAGUGUUCACUCAACUCUUAGUCAAAAGGGACACCAUUCAUGAUAUACUGAACACAUACCCUGAUGAACUUCAGAUGGCAAAAUCAUAUACCAACGAAGAGGGGAAGAGUAAGGGCAGAGAUAGCCGGUCCCGUGGAAGUGACCAUCAAAGUGAAAGUCCAGCUGAGCCACCUCGAGUCAGCCCUCAGCAAAUCUCCUCCCCUCCCCGUAUCCUAAUCGAUCCCGAGACUGUAGUGGAAACCGUUCCCUCUACAUCAACCGAGUUGCAGGAUGUACAAAAUAACAUUUCACCAAUCUUUCCCAACCCUCGGCCCCCGAGCUCACCAACAACGCCCAAGGUAGAUCAGGAGCCUGGGAAACAUGCUACGCCCCCGGCUGAAGCCACAGUGCCUAGCACAACCAGAUUAGAGUAUCCUACACAGGUCAACUAUCCCCAUCCACUGCUGGACACCCCGCAUCCACCAAUACCAUCAAGCGCGAGGUCAACUGCCACGAGAUCGUCGACAGGCACUCGCCGAGGGUCCAGCUACCUCCAGAGGCUCGCAUCAAGCGCCAAGGAUCCGGAUACCAAGAGGCGGGAACGUCUUCGACGGCAUUUCCUUAAGAAGAAAUCCGGCUCGACACCCAGCUCCAGGAAGGCUGCCUGA